ACUCCCAAGAUGGCGGAGGGGAGCUGAUGCCUGCGUGGGCACUCUCUCCACCGCAGGAACGCGGCAGCACCGGCAUCCGCCGCUCUGUUGCACGCAAGGGAAACACGCAGCUCUCCGCGCGGCUCCCUGUCCCGCUGCUCACCCGCACGACGGGGGCAGCCCGCCUCCCGCCCUCCCCCCGCGGCGGGCGGGGAAGUGGUACGCGCCGCCCGGGGCCAACGCACUCCGCCCCAACCGCCGCGCGCUGCCCGCUCAGCCUUCAGCCCGUCGCACGGCGGUGGGGAGGGAUGGGGAGGUGUGGAGGCCCCGCACUCACCUUCCACCCACAGCUCCUCUACGUUGGUCUCUAGGUUGGCCGCCCGUAGUCCCACCGCGAACGCGCCGAAUAUCAGCAGGCCGACCACCAGGAACUUGCCGCAGUUUUUCUGAAUGUAGCAGCCCAGGUUAAAGAGCAGUCUCUGAAACUUCGCCCGCAGCCACAGCGGCGCUCUCCUCCCGGUAGCUCUCCCCUGCAAGGCAAGCGCGGAUCAGUCAGCGAUGGGCCCCACGGGCAGGGGCCCCUAGGCCGUCAGCUUUCGCCCCGCGGCCCUGACUGGCGCUGCCAUGGGGCGUGCGAGCCCGUAGACCUGCGGAGUCAUUUGCUGGAGGCCCGGCCCGGCUCGGCGCGGGGUGCCAGGGGCAACGCCGUGCAGUUUCACCGGGCGCUUCUUUCCGCCGGCCUCAGCCGCGUGCCGGGAUCCACGUGGUGGGCAACGCCACGGGAUCAGGAGCGGUUCGUUGCCAAUGUGUGCAGCCGCGGUGCGAGCUAUCAGGGAGCGGACCGGCCAUCCGCGCGUUACAGUGUUUGUGAACGGAAGAGGGCAGCCACAUGGGUUUAUUUUUCCAUUUCCCUCCGUACAAAGCCCGGCGAGCCACUGCCGGAACAGAGCGCGCUCCGAAUAGCACCCCGCGCGCGCAGCCGGGGCCGUCCGUCCGUCUCGGUGGGUGCCCCCGCCCGCAGGGAAAGAAUGCUACGGGGUGCCUCCGCCCGGGGACCCCACUGCGGGGCAGUCGCGCUUCGGUUCCACAAAGCACGGCUGUGCUAUGGGGGCCGGCCGCCAGCUCUCUGCCCGGCGACGGCGGUAGCGAACCGGGGACGCAGCGGAAGGGAAAAGGCAGCACGACCGUGGGGGGCCGCCCGGUGCAGCCACGCCGGGACGGGGGAAAGGAGGGCACUCUCUCUCGCACUGAAGAGUCACAGCCGUCCCUCUCUUUUUUCCCAGCAUUUUAUUGGUGGCCGCUGCGCUCCCAUCUCCUCCUUCCACCCCCGCGAGAAAACACACCACCCCCUCCCCCGCCGCCAAACGCAGCGCCAGCGCCGAGCUCCGGAAAAAGAGGGAGAGAGUGAAUGCACCUUUGCGAUCUGCUCCAAGGCGAACGCCGCAUCGCAGUAGCUCGGCCGCUGCAGAUACUCCCGAAGUGUCAGUGUAAGAGUCUCCACGUGGGUGGUCAAGGCCAUGGCUGCCUCACGGCUGAUGCCUGCGUGCUGCAUUCCCCGCGAUAACACCGUUCCCAAGACCUGCCCCAAGGCUGCCCUCCGCCUGCGGACACAGCACCUGGAGUGCCGUGCUGCCGCAGCAUCUGGCUGCCUCGAUACAAAACCGACGCUGGGACGAGGUCCUGCCCUGCGGCGCUCACCGGGCAUCCCCGUGAUUUCUGUCUCCCACGGACCCUCCGCGCCGGCAUUGCCACCGCAAGCCGGGCAUUGCUCAGCCCCGCGCCGCACCUGCAGCCCGUGGCCGCCCGAAGGGCCCCGCGCGGACGGAGCCGACGGCGCGAAGCGGCCCCAUUCCCCCUCCCCAGCUCGGCAAGAAAGGCGCUGCUCAAGCCAACUUGUCAAAAUAAUGCGGCUAAUUACCCCUGAUCUCCUUUAAUGGAAAGCCACUCUGCACGCCACAAAGGAGCAAAUGAGGGAUCUGCAGCACCGGCCCAAGUAGCGCGGGCAUUCUCCUCCGCGGACGGCCGUGGGCAUUGUGCCUCCGCAGCUGUGGGGUUCUGCGCUCUUCCAUUCUCCGAGAGGGAAGGGGGGGGGGGGAGCCCCCAGGCCUGAAGGCAUCCCUGGAGCCCGCCCCGCUCCGCCCAGGGCCUGAGUCUUGCAAACCCAAAUUGUCCUCGGAACAGCCUCAGGCUCUGGCACAGCGCUCUGCCGAACGCGGGGCUGCAGUGCGUGCGGAGAGUUACGCGGAGCAGUUUUUGUCCGUUUCGGACCGCACUGCGCGGUGUCGAGACGGAGCCCUAGCCCUGGCAGGAGGCAGGGCACGCAUUGCCAUGAUCUCUGCCAUUCGAUCCUGCAGGAAAAAAAGCCGACUGACACGAUCUCUUUGACCCACUGCUGGAGCAACAAAUUUAUUAGAGAUAUAGGCGUGAGAAAUGAAAAGGAAGUAAAACAA